CCGCAGGAGUCCGUGUUUUCUUCCGGCGUGGAUCAGCACCACGGACAGCGACCAUGACUCGGCUGCGCAGGAAAGCUUUUGUGGCGCUCUUCCUCUUCACGCUUUUCAUUUUCGGCACCAUGAUGGGUCUCAGGACUCUCAAACCCAGCGACGGCUUCUCGGAUCUGGCUCCUGGGAUGGACUUCGUCGGGGACAGACCCGAAAUAAGGCGUCCGGACGUGAAAGACGUGGCGGUGUCACAGGGCCAGUACCGCGUGGCCAACAGCGACACCAAGGUGGUUUUCACCCGGUUAGACCGAGAGCUGAGCAUUUUCUACGACGUGCACAUCUUUUACUACCUGUGGUACGGAUCUCCAAGCGUGGACGGGAAGUACGUGCACUGGGACCACGUCCUGGUGCCGCACUGGGACCCGAAGAUCGCAGCCAGUCACGCUCAAGGAAGACACACACCUCCAGAAGACAUCGCCUCCAGUUUUUACCCCGAGGGACCUUACAGUUCCAAAGAGCCGGAGGUGCUGGAGUCCCACAUGACCCAGAUAGAAGCAGCUGCAGCAGGGGUUCUGGUGCUGUCCUGGUAUCCUCCCGGGCUGGCUGAUGACCAUGGCGAGCCCACGGAGGACCUGGUUCCUGCGGUCAUGGAUGCCGCUCACAGGCACAGCAUCAAGGUGGCCUUUCAUAUCCAGCCAUACAAAGGACGGACCGAUCAGAGCAUGCAUGACAACAUCAGAUACAUCAUAGACAAAUAUGGAAAACACAAUGCCUUCUACAGAUUCAGGUCCAGCACAGGACAAGUGCUGCCUCUGUUUUAUAUCUAUGACUCGUACCUGACCCCGCCAGAGUCCUGGGCAGAACUUCUGACAUCCAAAGGCUCUCACACCAUCAGAGGCACACCUUACGAUGGGGUUUUUGUCGCACUCAUUGUUGAAGAGCACCACAAACAUGACAUCCUGGCCAGUGGCUUUGAUGGCAUAUACACCUACUUUGCCUCCAAUGGGUUCUCCUUUGGCUCCUCCCACCAGAACUGGAAGGCUAUCAAGGCCUUUUGUGACACAAAUAAUCUGCUGUUCAUCCCCAGUGUCGGUCCAGGGUAUGUGGACACUGCUGUCCGGCCGUGGAACAACCAUAACACCAGGAACCGGGUCAACGGCCGUUACUAUGAGACAUCCCUGCAGGCAGCGCUGUCUGUCAGACCCGAAAUAGUCACCAUUACUUCCUUUAACCAGUGGCACGAAGGCACACAGAUAGAGAGGGCUGUACCCAAGAAAACUGUGACCCGUUUGUACCUCGACUACCAACCCAACCACUCAGAUUACUACUUGGAGCUCACUCGGCAGUGGGCUGAAAACUUCAACAAGGAGAAGGACAAGUGGCUGAUGUAAACAUGAAUUUAUUUACCUGGUAAAUGAAUUGAAGACCUCUCAUGUUAUUUGUACAAUAUUAAUAUCAGUAUUUUUUUUCCAAAUUAUUAUGACAGAUCCAACAUAUUUUCUUGAUAACUCUGUUCACUGUUCAUUUGCAGCAUCACAGAAUGGCUGAUUUAUAGAGUGAUUAUUUACCAAGAGUGCUGAUAUUGGCAUCCUUGUGUUUUCCUGAGUGACAGGUGCCAUAUCGUUUCCAAUGC